UUGAAAGAGCAGAACGCGGUCGCUUCUUCUGUCAAUCACAGGUCAAUGCAGUGAAGAUGGCGGCGGUCAUGGAAAGGAGUUUCAUAGAAAUAUGUGGAUUUGAGAGGGAAACUCUUCCAAGAUUCAGAGAAAUAACAGUAAAUCUCGGUCUGAAUGCUCUUCCAGGUGGGGUUAAAUACCCAGACAGCGCAGGCGGAUUUCACUACGAGGACAGCGGAAAGCUCCUGUCCAUCACAAGCAACAGAUUUAUACACUGGUCCACCUCGGGAGACUCCGUGCAGCUGGUGGAGCAGUCCCUGGACACCAACCUCCUGAACAACGCUGUGCGCCUCAAGUUCCCACACUGCCCCCUACUGCCUGGAGGAGUGCACAUCCAGGAGACCGUCAACAAUGUCAUCAUCCUCAUCGUCACCAACCAGACUGUGCACCGCCUGGUGCUGUUGCACCCCACGCGCAUGUACCGCAGUGAGCUGGUGUCGGAGCAGAUGCAGUCCAUAUUCACCGACAUGGGCAAGCUGAGUCUGCAGGACCCCGCCCACAGCGCCGUCAUCCCCAGCGGCGUGGCAGGGGGCGGGGCGGGGCACGCGGCCACCCCCAGCACCUCCGCCGCCUGGCUUGGCCAACAGGGGGAAGCACACUACGCCCUGGCCAUGCCCACCGGGGGCAUCAUGAUCGUCACCCUGCCGCCGUCCGACACCCAGGGUACUGUGUCGGUCCUGGAGUUGAAGAGAAGCUCUGUCAUGCAGAGGCUAGCUGGCUGGAUGCCCUCCGCCAUCAGAGGGGACCAGAGCCCAGGUGACCUGGCCCUCUGUCUGGUUGCCAGGGAGUUUGAGGACGACACCUUCAUCUUCGCGCUCUGUCACGACAACAAGCUGCGCAUGUGGUCCUACAGGGACCAGACGUGUCUGAUGGAGGCAGACAUGCUGGAGUACGUCCCUGCUGGUACGGAUGUGCACCGGCUGGCGGGCCAGAGUCACCGUCUGCGUCUGUCCUUCUCCCCGGCCACGGGGCUGUGCCUGGCCGUGUAUCUGGCGGCGCCCAGCCACAGCCAGUUCACCGUGCUGCAGCUGGCUGCCGGGUACAACAACCGCUACGGCCUCGACCACAUCUCCACGCUGUUCGACACGCAGGAGACCCUGGUGGACUUCAUGCUCACCCCCUCAGACAUCUGGGCUCUGUGGCUGGACGACUCCAACCAGACCGUGGUGAAGCUCAUCAGCUACGAGCACUCAGAAAGGAGUCAGUGGAACCAGGUGUUUGUUCAGCCUCUGCCUGAAGACGAGGUCAGCAUAGGAGUGGACCAGGAUCCCAGAGAGACCUACCUGGACGUCCUGUUCUCUCCUCUGAGAUUCACUGCCUCGGCUAUCGUCAAAGCCCUCCAGAUCUACAAACGAACCUCCGAGAGAACCGUGGAUCUGUCUUGGGAUGCGCUGAAGAAGGAGGUCACCAUCGCCGUGGAGGACGAGCUGCAGGGCAGUGUGACAGAGUUUGAGUUCUCCCAGGAGGAGUACAGGCUGCUGCAGGUGGAGUUCUGGUCCAAGUUCUACGCCUGCUGUCUGCAGUACCAGGAGGCUCUGUCUACUCCUCUGGGCCUGAUGGUCAACACACACACCAGCAUGGUCUGCCUGCUCAAGAAGGGCUUGGUGUCGUUCCUGCUUCCCUGCUUUGCUGUGGACCACCUGUACCUCUACUGCGACGAGUACCUCUCCUCGGAGGUGGAGACCCCCCUCACGGAAGACCCGGAGCUGGCGCGGGAUGUUCUCCAGCUGGUGCAGUGUCUGAGGCUGGUGAGCGAGGCCGUACCAGGGGACGUGGCCUACGAGAUGGAGCGGGCCCUGGAUCAGCUGGAAGCCCCGGAGAACACAGCAGAGCAGGUGCUCGACCACCUGCUGGACCACGACAAUGAGGACGUGGUGGAGAACAUCCAGUCGAAGCUGCAGGACAUCAGGAGCCCCCUGGCGGCCAUGGGCCUCCUGCUGAGAGAGCUGGACCUGGAGACUGACCCCGAGGCCAACCCCGACCCACCGCUCACCGCAGGCCAGUCUCUGAACGUGCGCAUCAGCCUGUCCCAGCUGUACGGCAGCAGUGUGACAGUGUCGGUGGUGUGCCAGGCGCUGAGCCAGACAGCCAUGACCAGAGCGCUGUGCUGCAGGGACCUACUGCUGCUGCAGCACCUCUACCUGCGCCUGGACGACAACGUGUUCCUGGCUGGAGGAGCCCAGCUGCUCCAGUUGCAGCAGGAUCUGAUCCCCAGGACCUCCCACCUGCUGUCCUCAUACCUGCUCCUCCAGCACACCUGCCAGAGCCUGGCCUGCGCCCUGCCCCUGGACAUCAUAGAUGCUAACCUGCAGCACCUCUCUGUGCUUGAGAUGUCAGAUUCCCUUUCCCUGGCCACCAACAGAUCAGUGUUGAGUCCCCAGACGGUGGUGGAGUUGUUCUACCAGGGCGUAGCGAGGAAGUCCAUCAUCUCCCAGCUGUUCUCCCAGCAGCAGGGUCCCACUGCAGGCCUGGCCGUGCUCCACUGGCCCCACAUGGUCUCCAGCGUGGUCCAGCUGCUAGCGCAACAGCUCUGGCCAAGCAACCCAGGCUUCCAGUUCCCUGAAUGUCUAAUGGCCAACUGUCAGUACACACAGCUACAGGAGUACAUCAGACUCAUCCAGCCCUGGUGUCAAGUCAACAUGGGCUCCUGCAGCUUCAUGCUAGGCCAGUGUUACCUGGCCAACGGAGAGGGGCAGAAGGCUCUGGAGUGCUUCAAGAAGGCGUCGCCGGAGGUGGAGAAGGAGGAGUUCCUCAUGCGGGUGGCAGGAGCUGACGAGGAGGAGGCCGCCUCAUCUCCCCUCCUGCAGUACUACAACAAGGUGCUGCGCUUGCUGGAGGAUGUGGGACUGCCAGAGCUGGUGAUCCAGCUAGCCAGCCUGGCCAUCACCGUCUCCACCACUGACCUGAGGAGUCAGGCGGCUCUGUGGACGCGUAUCUUCAAACACCACCUGGACCUGGGCCACAACAGUGAGGCCUACGAGGCUCUGGUCCAGAACCCAGACUCGAGCAGGCAGUUGGACUGUUUGCGCCAGCUGGUGGUGGUUCUGUGUGAGCGCUCCCAGCUCCAGGACCUGGUCCGCUUCUCCUACAUCAACCUGCAUGACGAGGUGGUCAGCAUCAUCGAGUCCAGAGCCAGGGCUGUGGACCUCAUGACCCAUAACUACUACGAGCUUCUCUACGCCUUCCACACCAACAGACACAACUUCAGGAAAGCGGGCACGGUGAUGUUUGAGUACGGGAUGCGUCUUGGCAGGGAGGUGAGGACCAGGCAGGGUCUGCAGAAGCAGGUCAACUGCUACCUGGCCGCCCUCAACUGUCUGCGGCUCAUGAAGCCUGCAUACGCCUGGAUCGUCCAGCCCACCUCCGGGGCCGUGUAUGAGCGCCCUGGAGCUUCCCCUAAGAGGAACUACGAUGGCGAGUUUGCUACCGGUCCAGUGAGUCGGCAAAUCGACAUUUUGGAGCUAAAGGAUCUGGAGAGAGAGUACAUCUUGGCUCGCAGUCGCCUCACCCUGGCAGAGCAGGACUCCCCCUCCACAGCCAUCGCAGGCAGUGCUUCUGCAGUGGAGAUGGUGUCCCUGCUGGUCCAAACAGGACUGUUCGACUGCGCUCUGUCUCUCUGCCAGACCUUCAAACUCCCCCUCACUUCCGUCUUUGAGGGGCUGGCCUUCAAGUGCAUCAAGCUGCAGUACGGAGGAGACGACAGUCAGAACGAGGCGUGGAACUGGCUGGCAGCCAACCAGCUGUCCACCGUCAUCACUACCAAAGAGUCAAGUGCCACAGAUGAAGCCUGGCGGCUUCUGGCCUCCUACUUGGAGAGGUUCCCUACCCAGAAUGCCUUGCACCACCACUGCGUCAUCAACAAACUGCUGUCACAUGGCGUGCCUCUGCCUGAUUGGCUGGUCAACGCUUAUAAGGGCGUGGACGCAGCGGCGUUGUUGCGUCUCUACCUGAACUUUGACCUUCUUGAUGCGGCCGCAGAGCUGGUGCUGGAGUAUGUGGAUGCUCUCCUGGGGAAGGGACACCAGUACUUUGGAAUAGAGAGACCUCUGUCAGCCACAGCGCCUCUUGUCUGGCUCCCGUACACCUCCAUCGACCAGCUCCUCCAGUCGCUCAACGAGACCCAAACUAAUGCCAACAUCUACAACAGACUGCGGGACAAGCUAGAUGACUACCACAAGCUGGUGGAUCAGACGAGCAGAAGACGUUUACAGGCCCAGUAACUGCAGCUGCCUGCCUCCAAAGACCUGGCCCAGACCUCCGCAGGCCUGGCCCAGACCUCCGCAGGCCUGGCCCAGACCUCCGCAGGCCUGGCCCAGACCUCCGCAGGCCUGGCCCAGACCUCCACAGGUCUCUUCAACAUGGGGCACCUUCACCACGUCAUAAUGUCCCCUCCUUUCUCUGUCAGUUUCAGAAACAGCUUGGAUUUAAAUGGAAGAUUAUUUUUGUAUUGGUAAAUUAAAAGGACUGUUAUUGGUGGCAUUUUGUGUCACGUCUGACUGUGAGGGUUAGUCUUACAUGUCGCUCACAUCGAGUUCUUAAAUAUACUGUAAAUACUGUUUGUCACGUGUUGAAGCUGAAUGUGCUUUUUUAUUUUAUAGAUGAAUUGUGAUGAUAUUGCGACUUGUUAUUUUGUACUUCGAACAUUUACAAAUCAGGUUUGUUGUAAAAUGUGAUUAAAACUUUUCCUUGCA